AAAAAAAUCAUUAUCCUGACAGAUAAGCUCCAGACAUAUACUAGUACAGUAAUUGCAAGGAGCCAAUUGGGGCCUCUAACUUUGCCAGUUUCCUUUCUGCCUGUCAUGGAGGAAAAUCAAAUGCAACUUGUGUCGGAUGCUGUUGACUACAAGGGAAAUUCUGCCGAUAGGAACACGUCUGGUGGUUGGGUGGCUGCGGCUCUAAUCCUGGGAGUUGAGAUAUGCGAGAGACUUUCAACAAUGGCAAUUGUGGUGAACCUGGUGACAUAUUUAGUGGGCACAAUGCAUCUGCCUAGUGCAACUUCUUCAAAUGUCAGUACAAAUUUCGGGGGUACAUCAUAUAUGCUAUGCUUGUUGGGAGGGAUUCUUGCAGAUACUUUCUUAACCCGAUAUUGGACGAUUGUCAUUUUUGCUGGGAUCAAUGCAAUGGGCACUUGCUUGUUAGCAAUAUCAACAGGAUUGCCACAGCUGCGCCCACCUGCUUGCAACCCUGCUCAAUCCAAUGAAUGUGUAGAGGCCAACAGCCUGCAAAUGGGUGUCUUCUCUUGUGCUCUAUAUUUAUAUGGACUAGGACUUGGCGGGAUUAAGUCAAGCGUUUCAGGUUUUGGAACAGACCAAUUUGACAAAAAUGAUAAGAAGGAAAAGCAGCAAAUGGCAAGUUUCUUUGACAUCUUUUACUUGAUCAUCAACAUUGGUACCCUGCUUGCGGUCACUGUCCUUGUUUAUAUACAAGACAAAGUAGGACGAAGCUGGGGAUAUGGCAUUUGCUCGGUUGCUAUGCUUGUUUCCGCUUUUAUAUUUCUAUCAGGAACUAAAAAGUAUAGGUACAAGGAAAGUCCGGGAAGCCCUGUGGUUCAAAUACUUCAAGUUCUUGUGGCUGCUAUAAGGAAAAGGAAUGUUGACUUCCCAUCUAAUAUUAGCCAUUUAUAUGAGGACCCCGCACAGGAACUGAGACUGUCACACACAAAUAAGUUACGUUGCUUGGACAAGGCAGCAGUCAUUACCAGCAAGGACGCUGGAAUAAGUGAAUCACCUACUCCAAAUCCAUGGAGUCUUUGCUCAGUAACAAGGGUAGAGGAAGUUAAGAUGUUGACUGGAUUACUGCCAAUUUGGGCAACAACGAUCAUGUUUUGGACGGUAUAUGCACAGAUGGCCAGCUUCUCAGUCCAGCAAGCUUUAACAAUGGAGAGAUCCAUAGGAAACUUUGAAAUCCCUCCAGCCUCUUUCAAUGUAUUCAUGAUUGGAUCCAUAAUGCUCACUCUUGCAAUCUAUGAGCGCCUGAUCAUGCCACUCUUCAGGAAAACAAGAAAACCUCAAGGUUUGACAAAUUUGCAAAAAAUAGGGUUAGGCCUCUUCUUCUCCAUUAUAGCUAUGGCGGCUGCAGCAUUUGCAGAAAUGAAACGAUUGUCAGUUGCUAAAACCAAGGGAACCACCACCUUAACCCUACCAGUGAGCGGAUUCUUGUUGCUACCACAAUUCAUCUUGGUUGGGAUAGGAGAUGCUUUCAUCUAUUCCGGCCAGCUUGAUUUCUUUAUAACAGAGUCACCGAGAGGGAUGAAAGCAAUAGGUACUGGCCUUUUCCUUACAACCAUCUCGCUUGGUUUGUUUGGAAGCAGUAUACUAGUUGAAAUCGUGAGGAAUGUUACUGGAACAAAUGGGGGGCAUGAUUGGCUGGCUCAUAGGAUCAAUGAUGGCAGACUGGACUACUUUUAUGGGCUUCUAGCUGUUCUAAGCCUCAUCAACUUGGGUUUAUUUCUUGUUUGUGCCAAAAGGUAUAAGCCAAAUCCUGGAGAAGUUGCUCCAAGGACAACUGAUAAAGUCAAUGUUGAUGUUCCUCCUAAAGAAGAAAGUGCAUAGGAAUUUCUUGCUCUUUCUUUUUUAUUCUACCCUGGAGGACUUAUAUUCCAACUGUUCACCCCUUCUACCUUCCAAAAGAUGUGUACUAGUUGCAUAACAGGAGACUGUGUAUUAUUCAAGAU